UGAAGAUAACGACUCAGUGCGUGUUGGCGCUCCGGUGGAAGACCAUGUGUCAUAUAACUUAAUAUCAUGGACCAAAACACGAUCAUAGUGGUGAGCGUGUUCGGCGCGGCAUUGCUGCUGCUGCUGCUGAUCAGCGGCGUGCUCUGCGCGCAGGUCGCCAGUCUGCGCCGCAAGGUCAGCGACCUCAGCGCCAGCGGGCGACUGCGAGUUCAGUUGGAGACGAAGUGGUUACGUCACUUCCUGAAGAUUCACACAUUAACCAUUAUGCGAAUUAACCGAAAGCUCAAAAUGAACCCCGACAAGAACCACGCGUUUCACAACCCUGGUCUGACGCCCGACGAGGAACUGUCUCGUCGUGGCUACUCCAUGUACCAGGGCCCUGACGACGACGUCGAGAGCGGCAGGGGCACUGAACGGCAGACGGGUGGGCAGUUCGUAGAGGAGCUAGCCAAGGAACUGGACAAACGACAACAUAAGCAGGACAACACUCCCAACUUCCUGCUUCAGGGAGUUGACGAGACAAAGAAGAAAAUAAACAAUCCAGUCGCCAACCACGUCAAUCGGCAGAGCGAAACUAAUCCUAACUUUAUAUACUAACAAUUCUCAAAGAAAACAGUGAUGCUGCAAAAGAAGAUAUUUCUAUUUAAGUAAAUUAUGGGUUCCCAAAAAUACCUUUCAGAAAAGUA